AUGGAGGACAAAGUUCCUGAGGCUGAGGACAAGGUUCCUGACGCUGAGGACAAGGUUGCUGACGCUGAGGACAAGUUUCCUCGCGCUUAGGGCAAGGAUCCUGACGCCGAGGACAAGGUUUCUGACGCUGAGGGCAAGGAUCCUGACGCUGAGGAAAAGGAUCCUAAGGCUGAGGACAAGGUUCCUGACGCUGAGCACAAUGUUCCUGACGCUGAGGGCAAGGAUCCUGACGCUGAGUAUAAGGAUCCUGAGGCUGAGGACAAAGUUCCGGACGCUGAGAACAAGGUUCCUGACGCUGAGGACAAGGUUCCUGACGCUGAGGACAAGGUUCCUGACGCUGAGGACAAGGUUUCUGACGCUGAGGACAAGGUUUCUGACGCUGAGGACAAGGUUCCAGACGCUGAGGACAAGGUUCCUGGCUCUGUGGACAUGGUUCCUGACGCUGAGGACAAGGUUCCUGACGCUGAGGACAAGGUUCCAGACGCUGAGGACAAGGCUCCAGACGCUGGGGACAAGGUUCCUGACGCUGAGGACAAGGUUCCUGACGCUGAGAACAAGGUUCCUGGCGCUGUGGAAAAGGUUCCUGACGCUGAGGACAAGGUUCAUGACGCUGAAGACAAAGUCCCAGAGGCUGACGACAAAGUUCCUGGCGCUGAGGACAAGGUUCGUGACGCUGAGGACAAGGUUCCUGGCGCUGAGGACAAGAUUCCUAUUUCGUGA